CAUGGCUAGUCUCUCGGGUCCGUUGGUUGUUGGACUGAUGUUGCUGGUGUACGCCAGGGCCGAGGAUAAGAGCUAUAGCGUCGAGUUGAACUCGUUCGAGAAGAAUAAUAAUUUCGAGAACGAUAAUAAAUGGGUCGAUUGGGGCACGCUGCGCAUGAAGAAAGUGGGACGCAACAAGUAUACCCUGCACGGGGAUUUCGAAUUUAAAAGGAAUAUGGGCGAUGAGCAGAAGCUAUCGCUGCAAGUGUUCGCCUACGAUGAGGGUGCCAAACAGAAAGGCCCCAUGGUUAUGAAUGUGAACAAGCCAUUCUGUCAGUUCGUCAACGAGGAUGUGGACACAUAUCCGCAUCUGCAAAAGAAGUCCAAUAUGCCCGAACAGGGCGACUGUCCAUUUCCCAAGGGCAAGUACACAAUAGAUAACUACGAACUGGAGACCACCUUCCUGCCGGAUGAUGCGCCCAAGGGCGAUUACCUAUUGGAGCUUAAAAUGUUGGAUAAUGAUCUUGGUGUCGCUGGUCUUUUGGCCUCUGUCACACUAAUCUAAUGUCAUCUAUUAGUAAUUUUUCUUUUGUUUACUUUUCUAAUUUAAAAUUAUAAUAUUCUUUAUUUUGGGUGGAUCCAUUUGGCACUGCGAGCGUUUUACAUAUAUGUCUAUUUCUUACUUAGCUUAAGCUUUGUUCUGACUUGUCAAAUAUAAAAUACUUUCGCUUUCAAGGACCUAGAA